UUCUCCAUCCGUGGCCACUCUGUCUGCAGCUCACACCCUCGUUUAUGGGUGGAGGACAUUUGCUCGAGCAGAGGGACUGACAGCCCCCAGAUUCUCAUUUCCUGCUUCAUUGCAACAUGAAGACGAUGUCCGGCUAUCUCUGUGUUACAGGUUCCUCCUUCGGCUCAGAGGAACAGCCAGGCUGUGAUGGCUGCUAUCUUAUAAGCUUGACGUCUUUGAUCGCCAUAAUUACCUCCGACAUAAUCUUGACCAUCUUCAUUAUUAUAUCUGUCUUCUGCUUUGCAACUCACCAAAGGAGAAGACGAGAACGUGAUUCUCUCGAUGCUAAAAAAAACUCACCUUUGUCAACAACGAAGAAAGUGCCAACAGAAGUCACAGAGUCUCCCUACCAGGAGUUACAUGGAGUCCAGUCGGAUGUGUACAGUGAACUUCGACACUUUAGAAAAUGACACUUUAAGUAGAACUAUAGCAUGAAGCUAAAAUUUAAAGCAUGCAAACAGUAUUUAACCCUCUACAUGUGUUGCCUUGCAUCCUAAUCCAGCACAACUGUAGGUAAACGCCUCUGAUUUUAAAGCACUAAUGGGAAAUAUGUACAAGUGAAAUAUUUAUGUAAAUAUGUGUGUUUGAAAUGUUUUUUUCCUGCAAUAAAGACAUGUCUUAAUUAAGGAUUUUGCAAUCAAAAAUGUUUUAUUUUCAAUGUAUAACAGGCACACUUAGAGACAUAGAGAUGCAACAUUUCUGUUUCAUGUUUUAGUUCCUUUUAUUGGCUAACAUUAAAAAGAAAUCUCUAAA